AUGGAAGAGAGUCUGGUUCCAUCCAUCUCGUGCAACUCUCUCAUCCCAUCACCACUCACCAAUAGAGCAACGGCCCCCCUCACAAUCAAAGUAGCCAUGAGCGACACGCCGACGUCCGCAAUCCUCUCAGAGGGUUUCAUGGGCCUCAAAUUGUUUGGCACCGGUGCUCAUACCCAAAUAUACGCUGCCUACGACAAAAAGCUCGACAACAUGGUAGCCAUCAAAAAGAUGGACAUUUCAACACCAGCACAGGGAGAGCAGCUCAAGCGUGAGAUUGCCAUCAUCAAGAGAUCCAGCAAACAUCGCAACAUUGUUCCCAUCCUUUACGCUCUUGUCCGACCAAGAAUGGCACUGCUCGUCCUCGCCCCGAAACCAAGCAACCUCCACGCCCUCAUGCCUCUGCGAUACGACCUAAACUUGAAAAUAUCCGCCUUCUUCUGCUUGACCAUCCAGAUGCUCUCUGCGCUCACCUAUCUCCAAGAAGAAGGCCUGUCCCACCGAAACAUCAAGCCCACCAACGUCCUCGUCGAAGUCAGCGGCCCAGGCUUCCACUUCCAGCUCACAGACUUUGCCCUCACCAAGUCCGACGCAAACAACACUUCUUUCGUCUACAAGGCUCCGGAGACGUACGUCGACACAUACCCCCUCACCACGAAGCAAGACGUCUGGUCGCUCUUCGCAACACUGGCCGUCUCCUGCGGCUACCUCUCCGAAACGGAGCUCUCUCACAAAAGCCCCUCGGCAGCAGCCUGGGCCAUUGUCGAGGCGGGAGUGCAAAUGACCGAGCUGGAGGCCAUGGCGCAGCAGAACCCGACUCUGCGAGCGUCUGCAUCAGUCAUGUUCCACCAGCUGCGACCCAAGGAGAGGGUCAACUCACGGGGCGAAGUUGAAUAUCCAGAAGUUCCGCCUGACUAUGUCGGCUUAUACGGUAGCGGCCGACUGGACCGGGACGCCGUGUUUCCCCUCGGCCCAAGAGCAGACGUCCGAACCUUGACCGGGCCUCUGGGAUUCGCAUCUGGAGUGCCAGCGUUGCCACCCGCGACGCCCGAGCCCUACCAAUACUUGCCGUCGGGUCUCGGCCUGUUUGAUGAAUCCACAUCCAUGGCCAUCGAGGCUCCCAAAGAGAGAAUGCCAUCACCGUCUUCACACGGCGCAACAUUCCAGCAGCAGCCAGACUACGAGCAAUUCCAAUUCACCGAGUACGAUCCAGUCGACCAGCGCUGUCAAGCCAGCUGCUGCAACAACACAAACACAAGCACUGACAACAGCGACACUCCUCGCUCCUUGUCCUGGACCUCUUCUUCCCAGCCCCUCAGCCCGUACGCCCCGAGUUUCGUCCCCGUCAGCCCUCCCCUCGCCCCCACGACGCCGUUGCCGCUUCGCGCGAUAACGCCCACCGAGACCUGGGACAUCUGGGGCGUCUACAAAAUCGCAAACACAAUCAACUUCUCCAGCGGGGACUACGUGAGGCCGUACCCCAUGGCUUGCGAUAGCCAGGAGGAGCAAGUCGUGGAUGACGUACCGCUUGAGGAUUACAAGUGGACCGAGGACGACGAUGGGCCUGUCGCGAUUUACCCGCAGUCGCCUUUUUUGAUCUGGACAACCCUCAUCACCAACCUCGCCUACCUCCCCGGCCUCCUCACCCUCAACCACUCCCUCCGCGCAAACAACUCCAAAUACCCCCUCGUCGCCCUCUACACAGACACUUUCCCCCAGGCCGGCCACGACGCCCUCAACGCCCGCGGCAUCCCCUCCCAGCGCAUCGACUACAUCCUCCCCACCAACGGCAAGGACUACUCCAACGACCCGCGCUUCUACGACUGCUGGAGCAAGCUCGUGCCCUUCUCCCUCACCCAAUACAGCCGCAUUGUCCAGCUCGACUCCGACAUGCUCGUCCUCCGCAACAUGGACGAGCUCAUGGACCUCCCCCUCGACGACCCCCAAACCCACGAAUCCAGCAACUCUUCCUCUUCCUCCUCCUCCUCCUCCAAGCGCGUCUUCGCCGCCGGCCACGCCUGCGUCUGCAACCCCCUCCGCAAGCCUCACUACCCCGAGAACUGGAUCCCCCAAAACUGCGCCUUCACCUCCCAACACUCCACCCCAGACCUCGCCCAAACCGUCGCCGCCGACCCUUCCGCCGGCCCCCUCGGCUUCAUGAACGGCGGCCUGCAAGUCGUCAACCCCUCCGCCGCGCUCUACGACCAGAUCCUCGCCCACAUGGAGGCCGACGCCGUCAACAUGGAUUUCGCCGACCAGUCGCUGCUGUCCGACCUCUACCGCGGCCGCUGGGUCCCGCUGCCGUACACCUACAACGCGCUUAAGACGCUGCGCUGGGACGGCGUGCACGCCCAGAUCUGGAGGGACGACCAGGUCAAGAACAUUCACUACAUCCUGAGCCCCAAGCCGUGGGAUGAGAUCGACGUCGAGGGCGAGUGGACGGGGACCGAAGAGUCCCACAAGUGGUGGAUAGAUGCCAAUAGAAAGAGAAAGGCCGCUGAGAAGGAGGCCGGCAUCAAUGAUGAAUUUUGA